AUGGACACUGAUACUAUUAACUUCAAUGAAGCAACUGUUACUUAUACUGCAUUCAUCCAACAAUAUCAUGACGAAUAUAAUGAGAGUUCGAAACCUCCACCACAUUCGAAGCGAAAAACCUCUCCAGUAGUUGUCUCAGAUGAGGAUGACAAAUCUCCACCUCGAACCAGACAAGCCCAAAAGAAAAAGCAGAAGGCCGCUACUCCUUCAAGAAAAGAAAAGGGCUCUGGGUCUUCGAAACUUACUUCACCGGGUGACAAGGUAUCUUCUGAAGAAUCACCUUUGAAAGGUGGUAGUAACGCUUUUGUUGUUGAGAGCCACAAUUCGAGCCCAGAUAACAUCCUAACUAAGGAUGAUGUUGGUAAAUCUCAUGUGCUUUCACCAGUGAUCGAAGACGCUCAACCUCUUGCGACUAUCAUUCCUAGUACAGCAGUCGAAGGGAGCCAAUCAACUGAUGAUUCUCCACCUACCCACAAGAGCGAAAAAGCAGACCAACAAUGUUCCAGUAGCAACAAUGCAGCUGGUCAUCCAACUGGUAGUGAGGACACUUUAUCUGACCAAGACGUCAUGGAAGAAACCUCCAAAUUAACCACAGAAGUUCCUCGCGAAACUACAACUUUUGGGACAAUAGUUUCCCCUGAAACUACUUCGACUCCUGCCCCGACAAAACCUACCCCUUCAGAAUUGGAACGGCUUAAACAAACCGAUCCUCUCUGCUUCCUCAAGGCUAUGAUGGACAUUGAUAAUACUUCACCCUCUGAGUUCAAAACUUCCCCAGUUGUACAACCAGAAUCUGGUCAUAAAGAGGACACUUUUGUCCUUCUUCGUCAGAUAAAAGAAAAGUUCUUCGAAACCAACCUCGUUGAAACUCUUAGCAAGGAUCCUAUCAAAAGUCACAGCUUGAAUCAACUUCUGAAAAAGGUGGAUCUACUCCUAGUCUCGAAAGAAGUCUCAGAGGUGAUUAUUUUGCUGGGUUCCCUGAUCGAACAACUCCAGGCCAAUAUUCUUCGAAAACACAAUGUCGACGAACAGCUAACUGCGAAAAUGGCCUCUCAUAAUUCUUCAUGGAAAUCUGCUAUUGAUGCAACCAAACAGGGUGAAGCCCUUAAACUUAAAUAUUCGAAGAACCAGAAAGCAUAUGACGAAUGUGAGAAGAGCAUCAACUCCUGGAAGCAAGAGAUAAAACUGCUCGAAGAGAAGAUCAAGGAGGCUGAAUCUCGUAAGGCAACUCUUCAACAAUCCAGUGAACAGGAGUUGACUGAAGUUGCACGCUUAGGAAUCCAACAUUUCGAGGCUGCACAAAAAAUGGUUCCUGAAAUUGACGAACUGAAGAAACAAAGAGCCCUGAUUGAACUUCGCAUGAUUGAGUAA